AUUUACAAAUCUUUUGGUGGUUGUGUUUUCAAAGUUUGAAGCAUUACUAAUACAAAUUUUGUACUACUUAGAUAUUUACAUUCAGAGAAAAUAUGGUUUACUUGGUUUUAAAAAGUCUUAAAUUUACCUUCAUAAAACCUGGAAAAACACUGAAGUUUUGUUUCCCAUUAUAUUUUAAACUAUUUUUAUAUAGUAGACCGUGUAGAUUAUAAUCUUGCCUACUAUUCUAGGCCAAAAGCAAGCAUUUAUUCUCUAGUGGUAUGUUUCCUCCUAGAGUAUUUUUAGAAAUCGGGGGGGGGAUAAAAAUUAUUCUAGAUGCCUGUGUAAUUAGAAUAAGGUUUACUGGUCACAUAUCUAAAAUAUCUUUAGCUACAGACUGCUGACAGCCUUUGGGUUAAUUACACCGAGUUUCAAUGAAUUAUUUAUCACUGCUAUGAACUAUGAAGGGUUUUGACUUUCCUUGACCCUAUUAUGGUGGUGUGAGAAGGUCUUGAUUGUUCUUGAAUAAUUAAUGAUAAAGGUUGGAUUAUUACUGUAACUAAUACACAUUGUUCCAUUCACACCGCUGGAACCAGUUUCCAUCUCAAAAAAUACCAACAUGUAGUACAUGUCAAAGACAGUGUAAGAAGCUCCUUGAGGUUUCUGUUGAGAUCUUUAGAGGAGCGCGUAUGCUUUAGUGUAAGACUACACGUCCUGCUUCUAAAUUGAUGGACCGUUCAAUGAAAUAUUCAGUGUGUACCAAGUACUCUUGUUUCUUGAGUGAUGCAGUGUGCUUUGAGGAUAAAUCAAGUCAGUGUCAUAGAGACUUAAAAGCAGGGUUGCAUGUGAGAUGCUUUUCUUCCAGGUGCAGAAUUUAAAGUGUAAGUUUUGAGUUUCUUUUUAAAUAGUGAAGCAAGAACCAAGGGUGCAGGUGUAGUGUAGUAUUGUUCAGUUUUCAAGUUAGGGUAGAAAUCUGAUGGGAUUUGUAGAGGAAAUAUGACUUAAAAGGCAUGUUUCUGUUCAACCAGUGACUCCAUAUUCAUCAAGACCGACUUGAGGUAAGUACAAUUAGAGCUGUGAUUUCUAUAUUGCUAAGCACUAAUUAAUGCCUUCACAGAAAUUUGAUCUAUGCACAUCUGUCCAGGAAAAAAGUUGACCAACAUAAAAGCAAAUAACUCCUAUUCUGACUGUGUGAAAUUAUAAACGGAUUAAAGGAUUUGGAGCUCUUUAUAUAAUUUGAGUUCUCAUGCCAAGCCACAAAUCCUUAUAGAUCUCAGACUGCAAGCUGUUUGAAAAUGCAUCAUAAAUGCACCAAAUACACCAGUUGACUACUUCUUUUCAGCUCAACUUGACGGUUCUGCACUGAGGACGAACGAGACCAGUGUGCUGCUGGUUAAUCUAGAACGUCUACAACCAUUUCUUUCUUUAUUUUUUUGAAUGGAGACACUUUGAGCUGUGUUGAAGAUGCUCUGCAUCAUAUUAUUAGCCUUCACUUUCCUCAUGGUGGGGAGCUCGAAGCUCUGCCCUCAUCAGUGCUCUUGUUACGACGCAUCUGAGCUGGUGGACUGUCGAUCCCGAGGGUUCACUCACAUUCCCCACAGUAUUCCACAUGGCACAUGGCUCCUGGACCUCAGUGGGAAUAAGUUGUCGGAGUUGAGGAGUACCUCCUUUACUGGGAUAUGGGCUCUCCGGGUCCUUCUGCUUUCACAAAGCAAUAUGCAGGUGGUGCAUUCUAAGGCUCUUUCCUCUCUGACCUUCCUGGAAAAGUUGGACCUGGCUUACAACGAGCUCCGUGUCCUUCCUCCAGAUUUCUGUCAAGGGCUGACCACUCUUAAAGAUCUCAAGCUUUCCCACAAUGCUCUGGAACGCCUAGAGUCCCACUCUUUGGAGGACCUAGAAAGUCUGGAGAGGUUAGAUCUCAGUCACAACCACAUUCAGGUUAUCGAAGUGGGGGCAUUUCGUGGACUUACCAUGCUAAGGCACCUUAACCUUGCAUGGAAUCAACUGACAGUCCUCCAAGGAGGCCUGCUCACCAUGCAACAGAGUCUUGGAGUUCUUCUCGUGAACCACAACAAUAUCUCCAAGAUUGAAACGGAAGCUCUGGCCCCCUUACAAACCCUCACCAUCCUGAACUUAGAAGCCAACCAGUUGAGGAGCCUGAAGUUCAAGACGUUCUUAAACCUUCAGACGCCCAGCACGCAUCUGCAGAUGUCGGAGAACCCCUGGACGUGUGACUGUGAACUUCAUCGCGUCUUCACUAAGAUACUCCAUGUCAGGCAUCUCCACGUGGACGAUUACAUGAAUAUCACGUGCCAUUCUCCGCUCUUAUUGGCUGGAGCAUCUCUGGGUUUGAUGCACGGUCAGCUGUGUAUCGCAGAAACAGCCACUGUCCUGAUCAUUACCGGAACUGUGAUGGUCACUGUGGUGGCCGCUUUGGUUAUGGCAGAACGCAAGCGCAAGAAGCAAAAAAUGAACCUGGAAAAACAAGGAAAUGAUCCUAUGCCUUGGGAGUCUCGCAAAUGAAGAAAGUCAGCAGCUGUUAGCAAUACAGGCUUAUUUUACACAGCACGUCUUCAUUUUUGUGCAUGUAGUACAUAUCCAUAUUCACUUCAACAUGAUUUCAAAACUGAACCUAUUUACUAUGCCAAUACAUGCUCCUAGUCUUAUUUUGAAUGGACAUUCCUCUUCAAAAUAUAAGAGUGCUGCAGGGAUGAUGCAUUUAUGUAGGCCAAAACCUAAAAACAAGCAUUUCAACACUUCUGGUUCCAUUGUCCUGAAUGUCUUUUUUUUUUAGUUAAAUGCCUGAAAUAGUCUGUGAUGAAAACAAGCUCAAGAUAUUUUUAUGUUUUAUUAUACAACAUAAAAUACAUCAGUAAUAGCCCCUUGUGUUUUUUUUUAAUGCUUUUAAGUGUCUUAAUAAAGGCUAAAGGAUAAAGUGUUUAAAUCUGUCUACAGAGGUUGUCUUGGACAUUAAACAUCAUCCCAGUGAACAGG